AUGCGUGACCAGAAGAACCGCCCAAAUCGAGGACGCAAACCUCCCAACAGCUCGGAUGGACGCAACACGUCGUCUAAUCCUCGAUAUCUCGGCCCUUAUCCGGUGACCAACCCUCCCGAGAGGAACCCUAAGCCCGGAUCUCGGAAUAUUCCCAACAACCCAGAUGGACGGAACACAUUAUCUAAUCCUCAAUAUCUCGGCCCUUAUCUAGUAACCAACCCUCCCGAGGGGAACCCUCAACCCGGAUCGCUGAGUGUCCUCAACCCAAAGGAACACAAUACCCAAGCACAUCCUCGAAAUAUCGCCAGUCGCCCAGCGGCCAAAAUUCAGAAGGGGAAAUUUGGAAAGGGGCGACCCCGGAACGAUAGCACUGACCCAGUGGCUUCCCACCCUGAGGCGACCUCCCCAGAGCCACAACUCGAGCGUCCCGAAGUCCUUGAUCCAAAGGAAUCGCAACCCUCAGCAAGCCCCCGAACAUUCUGCACUUCUACCUCCAGUCCUAUUUCUCCGCAGCUGGCAGCCUUUCCACGACAGCAAAUCUACCAGCAAAGGUACUCUCUGCCUCGACGUCACUCGACUGGCGAGCUCCCAGCUCGCGACAAUCUAGCCAAUAAAUUCGUCAUGGGCAUUCCCAAACAGAGAUUCGGCAUUGGUAAGAGAAGGGACUCCACCGCUAGUGCUCCUCCUGUCAUGACAGCAGAAUACUGUGGCGACCCUUAUCGCACGGCUAUCAAGAAGAGGUUGGCAGCAGGCAAAUCCAGAGCUCCUCCAGACAGCGAGUUCGCGAUUGAUAGCCGUAUAUACCAUAUGGCCGCUGAAAAUGCUCAGAAAUCGUCGGAAAUGCACAAGGGGGCAGAGCCCGGCUUAAUAGAGCAGGUUAUGUCUAGCAUUGCCGGCAUAGCCUACGCAAUGUACGUGUUUGCCUGCCCCGAAAUACUCUGUCCAAUGAGUUGCUAA